AUGUCCCCCCGUCUGUCGACUCGCCUCAGUAUACGCUGGGUGCCUGGCGAGGCAUCAGAACCCACCGAUACAUUAAUCAUUGGAGUCGGCGGCUGGUAUGUCGACCUUCGCAUCACCAAGCUUGACGGGUCAAUCGACUGGGCAAUGGCUGGUGAAAGGCUCAUAUUGUCACAAGAGCCAUUAACCUGCAAAUGGACUCACUGGAUCGACUCGAGGGGAUAUACCGAGCCUGAUGUCGGCAGCUUCAAGCCUGCCUCUCAAUCAACGGAUAGUAUCGAAACAGGCAGCAUGCUUCACCCAGAAAACAAUAUUAUGACACCAUACGAGGAAGUCUGGCGAACCCUCCCUGCGACCUUCACGGAUCGUUUUCCUUCGGCCUGGAUCCUGCGCAGCGUGGAUGGCAAGACUUUUCUGGGUCAACUUGGGGGAGAUUUUCUCGCUUUGAAAGGUGGCAACGAAGGACCAGCCGGGAUGACGGGGUUCUGUGCCCGAAGAGAGGCCUGGGACGACGCGAAAGGUGACUGGAUCACGAAGUACGAAACAGGAGACGAACAGAAUCUUCAACAUCUUCCUAGAUUGGCCCAAGAGACGCAAAACAGAGCGGGCAAGGAGAUGGAAUGGGUGAUGGGCAGCAAGGAGGGCGAUACUGUAGACGUCUUUGGGGCACAAUACAUUGCAGGGUUGAUUGAAUAUGCGUCACUGAGAUACGGCCGUAUCCUCGCACUCAUACCCAAGGUUGCCCACCCCCCAUCUCUUCCACCCGACAGUGUUACGCACGCAUUUACACGCGCAACAAGCGGCGGCGGGAAGAAGAAUCAUUCCUCUGCGUCCUACAUCAGACGUGACUCACGUUUCCCGAUCUCCCUGUUCCACGUCGCGCUGAGGAACAGUCCGGCGUUAUGGGAGUAG